CCGCGCAUCCAGGUACUGAGGAAGGAAGAUUUCGUAUUCAUCAUGGCCUCUCCUUCCUCUUUCCACUUGGAGGAAGAGGACAGUCUGAAGGGAUGUGAGCUGUACGUUCAGAAGCACAGUAUUCAGCAGGUGCUCAAAGAUUGCAUUGUGCACUUAUGCAUUGCCAAGCCAGACCGUCCCAUGAAGUUCCUCCGGGAGCACUUUGAGAAGCUUGAAAAGGAAGAAAACAGGCAGAUCUUGGCCCGGCAGAAGUCGAACUCACAGUCAGACUCACACGAUGAGGAAGUGUCCCCAACACCCCCGAAUCCGGUGGUGAAGGCACGCCGCAGGCGGGGAGGUGUGAGUGCCGAGGUCUACACGGAGGAGGAUGCUGUCUCUUACGUCAGGAAGGUCAUUCCCAAGGACUACAAGACCAUGACUGCGCUGGCCAAAGCCAUCUCCAGAAAUGUGCUCUUUGCACACCUUGAUGACAACGAGAGAAGUGACAUAUUUGAUGCCAUGUUUCCGGUCACACACAUUGCUGGGGAGACGGUCAUACAGCAAGGGAAUGAAGGAGAUAAUUUCUACGUCAUUGACCAGGGAGAAGCGGAUGUGUAUGUGAACGGGGAGUGGGUGACUAACAUCAGUGAAGGCGGAAGUUUUGGGGAGCUCGCACUCAUCUAUGGCACCCCCAGAGCUGCCACGGUGAAAGCCAAGACUGACCUCAAGCUUUGGGGCAUUGACCGUGACAGCUACCGGCGUAUUCUCAUGGGCAGCACGCUGAGGAAGCGCAAGAUGUACGAGGAGUUCCUCAGCAAGGUGUCCAUCCUAGAGUCCCUGGAGAAGUGGGAGCGGCUGACGGUGGCCGAUGCCCUGGAGCCUGUGCAAUUUGAAGAUGGAGAGAAGAUUGUGGUCCAGGGGGAGGCGGGCGACGACUUCUACAUCAUCACGGAGGGCACUGCCUCCGUCCUCCAGCGCCGGUCCCCUAACGAGGAGUAUGUGGAAGUGGGACGCCUUGGGCCCUCGGAUUACUUUGGUGAGAUUGCUCUGCUCCUGAACCGGCCACGUGCAGCCACCGUGGUGGCCCGAGGCCCCCUGAAGUGCGUCAAGCUGGACCGGCCCCGCUUUGAGCGCGUGCUGGGCCCCUGCUCAGAGAUUCUCAAAAGAAACAUCCAGCGCUACAACAGCUUCAUCUCCCUCACUGUUUGAGCUUUGCUGGCACCUUCAACACCCUCCCUGCGUCCCAGCCUAGGAGCUGGGCCGGGAGGCUAUUGGGUGGAGUUGGCAUCCUGGCAUGGUACCUCCCCUUCCUCAGGACUCAGUCAUCACCUGUGCAUUGCAAAAACAAUCAGCAAGAUGUACCCCCAGACUGAGGAGUCCCCUGGGUCAGCCUCCCCUCCCUCCCUCCCUCCCUCC